UGAAGGAGUGACUGAAGGGAACCGAGGAGGUUAACGCUGUAUAGCCAGUUACAUUAAUGUUGUAGAAGCCGCCAGGACUAAUCAUCAUGACAAUGGCAGCAUACAUUGAUAUAAGUGAUAAUCUUGUUGCUAAAGAGCUGGAUCUAUAUAUCUUCGAAACCUUAUGUAAAUUAGGGCAAUGUUCACACAUGUUUUGGCCGACUGUAGGAUGGUGUGAAGACUUUGCCAAUAAAAUGAAUGAGUUGGUAGAGUGGUAUAUCAAGGAAGAUAAAAUAGACAAAGGUCUGGAGAACGUCAGUGAAGCCAUUGAAUUUAUUUAUUAUCAGAGGCGUAAUUUAUAUCGUGGAAUACGCUACAGAUAUUUAAGGAAAUGUACGUUAAACCAAUGCAAACUCCUGUUGCGUGCUAACAAAUACGACGAAUGCUUACAAACUUGUGAAAAACAAAUUGUUCAUUUAGAGGAAAAACAGCCAAGCGACUUUCGAGUCUAUCUUGCAUAUUCCCUUCUGAGGCUUGGAAGAUAUGACGAAUGCGUUCAAGAAUUAAAACAUUUGGAUUUAAGGUUUUAUGGAGCAGAUAAGAUGGUUCAGGAAAUUAUUGAAGAUUUGAAAAACCAUGUAGACGCCAGUGAAUUUGAAGUCGCAAAGGGAGAAGAUUUAGAUUAUAAUUGGAUCCCAACCGGUCAGCUGAAAUGUGCUAGAGCAAACCCAACGAAAACUGCCAAGAAGAAAAGUAGAAGUAGAAGAGCAGGCAAGACUCGUAGAGUGGCCGUACCUUCGUCGCCUCUAGCCACCAAACCACAAUCUGGAGUAAGACGUGCGUUUAAGUCUACACACGAUGAAGUUGGGACGUCACGACGCAAGGCUGUUGAAAUCCGUAAUAAAGCACACAUUUUGAACGAUGUUGCAGAUAAAACCAAACCGCAAUCUGAAGCAAGGAGUUCGUCAAUUAAGUCUACGCACAACGUAGAUGGGCAACAACGUAGGUCUGUCGGAAGCCGUAAGAAAACACAGAGCAUGGCUAAAAGUAAAGCGGCAAAAAGUGAGAUUGGGGCACGACGAAAGAAGGCAAUAGAGACGGAGACACUAAAGGGAGGUCAAUCAAACCUUAUGACUUCUAAAACACCGCCAUCAAAAACAUCAAGUAAAACCUUGUGGUGUUCGUACUGUAAGGAAACAUUGAAUACUGACAUCGAGGUAGAGCUGCAUGUUAUUGGUGUUCAACACAAAGUUAAGGUGAAUUCAGACAAUGAUAGAGAAUGGCGUCAACGCAAACCACCGUUGAAUGCAAUAAAUGGAGAUUACAAGAUGUGUGAACGGUCGUCACCGUGUGAACGAGGAAAGUACUGCACACGUGCACACAAUGAAGACGAGUUUAAUGAAUGGAAAGAGCGCUAUAAAUAUCGGAUGAAAAAAAUACGACAAUCUCUUCAAGAAUUGUCUUCUGUAAUGGAUAGAAUUGCGUAUGACUACAACUUCGAUAAUUCUCUAUUGAAAGAUAACAUUGAUGGUGUAGAAUGCAAAGAAAACGGCGAAGUUGACAGAAAAAUUUUUGCAACUGAAAGGAUCAACAACAAAUUCACUUGCACUUUUGAGUUUAUAAUAAAGUGUACAGGAGAAAAAAAGUUGAGAUGUGUUUGCCUACUUCACGAUGAGCACAGAGAUAAUUUCUACUUCACCCAGCCAUCGGAAGAAAACAAGCCUCAAAUCUGCCCCGGAAACAAACUAAUUGACGACGAUUAUGUGACGUGCAGAGUAUCUGUUAAGUUUGUAUCAUUCAGUGCUGGGCAUUUUGAUCAAUGGGUAAUAUUCGAUCUAGGACAGAAGUUGUACAUGAAGAGAACAAUUUCUGUUCACGCUGGACUACAAAAGGACGUUGAUACACCCAUUGAUUAUGAUAGUCUUCAGCUUAAAAGUUUACCAUGGGAAGAUGUUAUACCAUUUGAAGACAAACCUGAGUUUCAGAAAAGGCUACUAAACAAUGCAAAAUCAUUCAAGCCAAAAACAACAGAUGAUAAACUUCUAAAAGAGAAGCUUUCAGAAAAUAACUACACAAUGAUGAUGCACAGAUUCAUAGACAUUGAAGAACGAGAACAGCAGACGAUAAUUGAAAAGUUCAAUCUUAAAACUAAGAUUGCAAUUUCUAAAAAAAUGCUAACAGACUCUACAUGGGCCUCAAAUUUGAUAGUAGCUCAAGGAGAUGAACUGUUUGGCAAGAUAAAUCUCAAAAAGGCCAUAGAUUUUGAUUCCUUGGCUGGAACCUUAAUCCUCGAUUCCGUUAAUUCUGUGGCCUGCAGAUUUUACUCCAAUCCGACCAUGGCUUUUGAAGCUAAAAUUUGCAAAGACGGCACUGAUGAUAGUCGUACAGAAGAGUACGUUUAUGUAUUAUUCAACGACAGAUGUGUGUCCGAGAACAACCUAAAAGAUGGUAGCGAACACGAAGCUGAAGUAAAGUUCCUAAUUGAUCGGAUACCAUUUGUGGAAAUGCAUUUCGCAAUUCAGAAUCUAAAGAGUAUGCAUUGUGUUUGGCCCAAGAAGUCAGAACAGCUAAGGAUUUUCCAGAACAAUUCAACUGAAUUAGACAAGUACCAAGAGACUGCUGCUAGAUUUAUCUGUUCAAAGGAAAUACAACACGAUCAAGCACCUUUGGUAAUAUGUGGACCGUUUGGUACCGGGAAGACUAGGGUUUUGGCAAAAUCAGUUAAAAGGAUACUUGAACAAUCGGACGAUUCUCGUGUAUUGAUAUGUACAAUGUCUAACAGUGCAGCUGAUCUUUAUAUUACUGAUGGUAUACGAGAGGAAUCUGACAGAUUUAUUAAGGAAAACAAUGCUUGCAAGAUUCUACGAGUUUAUCAGCCAAACCGACGCAUUUCCACAAUACCAAAACGUGUUAGGAUGCAUUGUUUGUUUGAAAUCGAAAGUAAGCUUCGUGUACCUAAUCGAGAUGAUAUCGAAAAGGCUAAAGUUGUUAUAUGCACCUUGACAACUGCCAUUUAUAUGAUACCGCUGAACGUUAAAGGCUCGUUUACGCAUAUUCUUAUUGAUGAAGCUGGACAGGCUCUUGAACCACAGACGAUAAUGCCGCUAGCGUUAGCUAACGAAAAAACGUGCGUAGUGUUAGCAGGCGACCAUUUACAGAUGAGUCCUAAGAUUUACUCCAAAUCAAGCAAAGAUGCAAAUUUUCACAUAUCUCUACUGGAACGUCUGAAGAAAAUGAAGAUGGCCAAUAGUAUUCUACUUCGACGCAACUACCGAACAUGUCGGCCGAUUCUAGAGUUUCUAUCUACAUCUAUAUACGAGAAAGGAAUUGAAUGUGCUAUCUAUGAAAAAUUUAAUCCUGACUUUCCAGCAAUGUCGUUAGUAGAGGUAAAAGGUUUAGAUACCAAACAAGGCGCCUCAUAUGUCAACAAGGAAGAAAGCACCGAACUUGUUGAACGUGUAAAAAAUUUGCACGAUCAAUGGCCAGAAAAUUUUGGUGAAAAAGACAUUGCAGUUGUUACUUCAUACCAGGCCCAGGUAUCACUAAUUAGAAAUCUACUGAGAAAACGAGGUAUGAAGGAGAUUGUCGUUGAGCGUGUUCGCAAUAUUCAAGCUGUGCGUAUGACAAUUUGUGCUCCUGCACAGUGUGCACAUCAGCAGUACGUCAGUACGGAUAUGAUGAAUAAUAUUAUGUGUAUAAGAGACAGGUUUAGAGUUAUAUUCGUUUCAACUGUCCGGACACGAAAAACCCUAAAUCUAGUUGAGAUGACGGCAAUCAAGGGGACAGAUUUCAUUUCAACACACAAAUAUGGAUUCUUGUCUGAUGUAAAGCUUCUGAACACUGCCUUCACACGGGCGAAAUCUAUGGUGGUAGUAGUCGGAGAUCCAGUCGCACUUUGUUCUGCUGGUGAAUGUUGUAUGUUUUGGACUGAAUACGUCAAACGAUGUGAGGCUAUAAAUGGUAUUUCACCCAAAAGUCUUACCUUUGAUAAAAUACAGACAGAGAUGUACAAUAAUAGACAGAAACUGGAUCCCACAGCUAAAGCCUUUGAACCAUCCUUUCUAAUAAGAAACGUGCAUAGACCGGUACCAGAGCAUACCUUUUCGACAAAUCACAGUAGAUUAGGCCUACAGCACGAUACUUAUCGUAGAAUGUUAGCAGAACAGCAACGCGAAGCAAAACUAAAUGACGUCAUAUUGCGUGAGUUAAAAUUAGGAGAACAAAACGAGGAUUUAGAAGAGAAUGACGAUAUUCAAAAAGGAAAAUCCGCGAAAAAGAAAAUGAGUAGGAAUAAUUGGAGGAAAUUAGAAAACUAUGAUCAAGUUAUAGAAGGACGGGAUAUUAAAUACAUUCCCUCCCGAGAAGAAGGUGUACCAGAGCAUUCCAGCGAUUAUUGGUUAGAUGUGUGUGAAAAGACACCAGAAAAAUACAAAUACUGUACUUUUAAUAUUGAUCGCACUGGGAAUAUGUUUGCAAUUGAUAACAAGACAGGAAAACAUAUUUGUAUAACAAGUGCACGACGAAGGGGUACGGCAUUUGAAAAAGAUACAGUUGUUGUUGAAGUACUACGCAAAUACGAAAAUAAUGAUUGCAACGAUGAAAUCAUAUACGGCGUAGUAAAAUACGUUAUCGAACGCCACUCCAAUCCACGUUUACAGGCGCAUGUCUGCAAAUUAGACUCAAGAACCAACAACCUGAUGGUUCCACUCAACAAGACUUUACCUAAAUUAGCUAUUCUUGGUAUGGAAGUCUCAACAUACCCGAAGGCACGAUUUAAAAUCUAUAAAGUCAGUGAUGAUCGUGUGGAUGAAGAGGAACCGUUAGUACGAACGGGCAUUGAAGAAGUAUCUAUUGCAGACCGACCUAAUGCCUUAUUCAUUGUAAAGUAUCUAAAAUGGUAUCCAAGGUACACUUAUCCCCUAGGAUGUGUGACAAAACGACUGUCGCCAGGGGAUUCUCUUGGUAGGGGACUUAAAAUAAUUUCGCUUGAACACAAUGUUAACGUCCAAGGCCAAUGGAGUGAAUCUGUAAACAAAGAAGUAAAAGAAGGUAAAAAGUUCAACGAAAAAUGGCGAAUUCCAGUAACCGAAAUCCAUGACAGACUGGACUUCAGAAAGGAGAGUGUAUUUACGAUAGAUCCCAUAGACGCAAAUGAUCUCGAUGACGCACUCAGCGUUAAAAUAUUAUCUGAUGGUCAUUACAAAGUUGGUAUUCAUAUUUCGGAUGUUUCAUAUUUUGUUCAAAGACAAUCGGAAAUCGAUUUAGAGGCAAAGAAAAGAUGCAUCUCGCAUUAUCCGACCUCAGCAAAACCUAUUCCUAUGAUUCACAAAAACCUUAGCAGUAAUAAAUGUAGCUUAAUACCAAAUGAAGACAGGUUAACAAUAUCGGUGAUUUUCAAAAUCGACGAAGAAGGGUGUCCCGUAAAAGAUGGAACAAACAUUGUGAGAUCCAUUGUUCAUUCCCGCAAUCAAUUUUCUUAUAAAGAGGUUGAGGAAAUAAUUCACAAAAGAUCUAAUGGACCAAGUGAAAACCUGACAAAGCAAAUACUAUUACUAAAUCAACUCGCAAUCAAAAUAAGAGAAACUAGAUUGAAAAGCGGGAGAUUCUGCUACAACCACGAUGAUGUCACUGAUGACCUAGAUUGUCCUCUAGCACAUUCACUUGUCGAAGAAUUCAUGUUACUUGCAAAUGAAGCUGUUGCCACAUUUCUAACCACAACGUUUCCAAAUUGUGUCCCAUUAAGAAGACAGUUGCCGCCAGAUUCAGACAAAAUGCAGGAAUGGACUCAAACAUUCCAUGGGCCAAUAAAAAAUAGUUUAGAAAUGUCAGCUAAGAUAGCAGACUUGCCAUGCGACUCAUCUGGUAGCAUGACUUUGACCAAAGAUGUUUGGAACAAGCUUGUCCGUUUGUUAAAGAUACAACAGAAUAAAGAAGAAACUUCUAGGCCUAAUUUAAGAUCCGACGAUGAAGACUUCUUUGAAAUGAUUGAUUUGGUGGCAAAUGAUAUGUUGCAUCCACAGCUAAUGUUAAUGAAAUUGAAGUAUUAUAACAUUCAAUUUAAUUCUGAUUACGUUUGUUCUGGUCGGGAUGACGAAAGCCAUCAUUCACUAUCACUGUCCCGCUACACACAUUUCACGUCGCCUAUUCGAAGAUACAUCGACCUGGUUGUACAUCGCCUUCUCGUGGCAGCACUAAAAAAAGACAAUCAACCUCCUUACACACCUAAGGAAAUUGAAGAUAUUUGUAAUAACAUGAAUGAAAAGGCAUUGAAUGCGAAGCGUUUCCACCGGCGAACAAAAGAUCUCGUUUUGGCACUUGAUCUAAAAAAGCAUGGUGCACUUCCUUAUCAACCAGUCAUCGACAGCGUAGAUGAUUCAAACAUAUACCUAGCGUUCCCACAGUCCUACAUUAAUCGAUCGCAAUCUCCUUUAGGGUUUAACUAUUUGAAACCAUCUGAACGUGUUGUAGCAACAAAUGAGAUAUCGACUGUAACGUGGAAGAUAAGUCUUUUCGAUGCCCGCGAUAAAUCGAGCUUACUAUUGUCCAUGAAUAAGCAUGAACUCUCACGAUUGGACCCUGCUAGAUUUUUGGUUGAGAUGGAAAGCAAAAUUUGGCAGAAAUUGGUAGAUGCCAUUACAUCUGGAACCCAAACAGACUUGAGAAAUGCUUUGAACGAUUGCAUGAAAAACAUUCACAUAAAAAGUAAAUCGAGAAAAGAGAAAAUGUUAGUAGACACAGUAAAUUACGAAAAAUUUGAAUGUAAGUUUCAACGCUUUGACGUAAUGCGGGUUCACCUAGCACCUGAGCUUCGAAAUGGGAUGCUUCAACCAACCAUCCAGCUUGUUAGUUUAGCUGAAAACAUAGAUGUGUGUCUGGAGCAUCGCAAAAAUCCUGUUCUUUGUUUCUCUCAACUAGCGGACGAAAACCCUCGUGAUUCAAAAUGUAUUGAACGGUAUAGAACGACAUGGCUUUCAGUACUAGAUAUGUGCUCAGCUUAUGGAGCAGUGAAUGAAGACAAUGCAACUAUUAUCAGUAACGUUGAAAUCCAAUGGCAGCCAGAUGGCAGCGGAUCAUUCACAGGCUCAUUUAAGCUACUGGAAGAAUUCUGUGAUUUCAACAUGUUACGAUUUUUUAGAAAAUCAAUGAAAAAAGGAAAAGAGAAUCAAGAUGACGAUACAGCUGGUACUCGGGCGUUGGACUACCUCUGCAUACGUUACUCUAAUCUUCAGUGUCUGCCUCGCCCUCAAGAUAGCAAACCGACACAUUUGAGAGGAAAAUCAACAUAUGUUUGGGUUGGACAUUGUUAUACAACUGAUAUAAAUAAUAUUGUUGAAUCAAAUAAAACGUAUUUGAUGAUCCAAUUGGAGCUUAAUCAAUCUGCCAUACCAUUGCCACUUGUUCAAAUAAGGAAACAAGAAGCUCUAUGUACCGUAGAGCUAAUCCCUAAAAGUCCACCAGAUAGGCGGACAGAAGCAGCAGUGCUUGCUUUAGGCCCAUGUCGUUCUGAGACGUCUCUAGCAAGAUGCAUCGUCCUUCAACAGAACAUUAUUUCAAAUAGAGUUAUUGAAGGCGAGGUGUUAAUACGUGAAAGUCUGAACAGAAACUGCAGGAAUUGGAAGAUACAUUCUAUACCAAGGUGUCACAACGUAUCUUCCCUUCCACCACCAAACUUUCCACAAAUAAAUGCAAUCGAGAAGGCAAUUUCACAGACGUUUACUGUUAUUCAAGGUCCUCCAGGUACUGGGAAGAGCGUGACAGGUUCGCAGCUUGCGUUUUUCUUUGCUCAAAUAAAUAAACGCGUGGAAGCAAUUAAUCGACCCCAAGUCCUGUACUGUGGCCCAUCAAAUAAGUCUGUUGAGGUCGUUGCAGGCUACCUGAAACGAUUGUCUGAUAUUAGGGUGGUUCGCGUUUACAGUGAAAGCAUUGAGGAUAAAGAUUACCCAAGGCCCUGGCUUGCAAAACCCAAACGGAAGUUUUCCAUGAUGGAAGCGUCAAUUGAUCCGAAAAAUCGAGAUAUAGCCCUUCAUCACCUAAUACGCCAAAGAGGAAAUCCAUUUUCAUGCACAAUUGAACGAAAGGAGGCGGAGUUUACCAAACGAAUUGAGGAGUACAGAAGAAAGGCUAAAUCGAAAAAAUCCAAUGACAAAUAUGACGCUCAAGCAAAAAAACUAUUUACAGAAGAGGAAAUAAAAGCAUACAAAGCACUAAUUAUGGAUGCUAAGAAAGAAGAACUGCAAAAGUACGAUGUCAUCCUCACAACGUGUAAUGUUGCCGGAGCCCCAGAAAUAAGAAGAUUCUGUAACAUUAUUGAAUGUAUCAUCGACGAAGCGGGAAUGUGUACUGAGCCAGAGUCUCUGAUUCCACUAGUUGGAUGCACACCGCACAAAGUUGUCUUCAUCGGAGAUCACAAGCAACUUCGACCCAUUGUCCAGGAACCAAACGCGAGAGAACUUGGCAUGGAAAUAUCACUAUUAGAACGGUAUGCUGACGAGGCUAUCAUGCUUGACAUACAAUAUCGUAUGCAUCCCAGCAUAUGUGACUUUCCAUCACAACAAUUCUACGACAACAAACUGAAGACGGAUAUAUCGGUCAGUAAAAGGAAGCCAGACACCUUAAAAUGGCCAAGAGACGGUAAUAAGGAGUACCAUACAUUGUUCUGUCAUGUCGACGGGAAGGAGGAAUCGCAAACAGUAAAAACUGAAGAAGGUAACGAGAACAGCAAAUGCAAUCAACAAGAGUUAGAAUGUUUGAUGAAAGUUGUGUGGAAGCUACUGGAGAAAAGGAUUGUAGCGAAGGAUAUUCUGGUCUUGACACAGUAUCGGUUACAAUUAAGUGAAAUAAAGACUAAACUAAAUAAGGACAGUAGAACACGUGAAGUACGGGCCGCAACCGUCAUCACGAGUCAAGGAAGUGAGAGUGAUUACGUCAUAAUGUCGACUGUGCGAUCCAUUCCAUUGGUGCAAAUUGAGGAAAAGCCAACAAUCGGUUGGAAGAAGAAGUGCCUUGGCUUCAUUAUAGAUGAAAACCAAACAAAUGUUGCCAUCACGAGAGCAAAACGAGGCCUAAUUUUGAUUGGUAAUAAAAAUCUAUUAGAGACACAUGAAACUUGGAGAAACUUGAUAAAAUCGUAUGAAGACAGAGGUUGUCUGAUGUACAAUAUGGAUUUCAUGACGAAUUUCUAAAAGUGUAGCAUACAAGUUGUACACUAUUGAUCUUUGGAAACUACAUCCGUAUCUUAUUUGUAUAACAAAAGUAUGUUUUACUUUGCACUUCUUGCAUUUCUAAUGUAUAAAUGAGGUAAAUACCAAAUUUUAAAUGGGCCUACCUAUAUAAUCGCUUACAAAUGUCCCAGUAUUUUCGCUUCAGCGGGUCGGGACCCGAGUUUUUAAUAGUAGGCCUAAUGUUCACAAUUUAUGUAUACACUAAAACUCAUUCUAUUUAUAUUUACACAUCAAAUCUCAUCUUGAUAUUGAAAAUCACAAUUGAUACUUGUACAUUUGUAAAAUAGAUUAUAGAAUCAUAAUUGAAAGUAUAUAUAUAUAUAUAUAUAUAUAUAUAUAUAUAUAUAAUUUGUUAAAUUAAUAAUAAGAUAUGUAUAUUCAGGCAAUUAUAGUGCUUAGUGCUAUGCAGAGCGGAAUAAUAUUAUAGUGAUAGGAAGCUUGUAAUUCUCUACAGACUGUUUGAUGCGCUGUAAUAUUAUAAUUUGUUAAAUAAGAUAUAAAAUCAGUGCUGUAAUAACUUUGCUUCUUUUUAUUUUUUAUUUAUUUAUUUUUUUUACAUUUUUUUAAUUAUUUUAUUUUAAUGAUAUUUUCACAGUGAUUUAUAUGGAAUAAUAAUUAUUCAUAUUUUAU